CAACAAUGGAAGUGGGUACCCGAGAAGACAAAGGAUUUAUAUUGGGAGCAAUUCCAGGAUUUAGUAAACUGGGAUAUAUCCAAGUUCAGUGAUGAAGACAUCAGGAAGGGUUACGAAAAUUAUCUUAAGCAUCGUGCUUAUUCCAAUAUAAUGUCUAAAAUCAGGGCUUGUCGGCCUCUAACUGUGAACGACUUCACUUGGGGGGUUGUGGAAGAGUUUCGUGGGUCUAUUACAUUUCAAAGAUUGUCUGAUUCUGGGAAAAAGAAUCGGAUUGCCGGUGGAGAUAGAUGCAAACAGUAUGGAGGGUCUCGGUCUGCAGCAGAUUUGGCAGCACAAGAGUCAAGUGUUUCAGGAGAGGAAGUUAACACUGUCAAAAUCUGUGUAACUUAUCAUCCAAGAAAGAGAAAGAAUGGAGAACUAAUUGACUAUGGCUCACAAUCAGAAGUCAUGCAAACUCAACAAUCUGAAGCUGAAAUUGGGGGCUCCAAGAAUGCAUCUAAAGCUGCAGUUGCUGAAUUGAAUUCCAAAUAUUUGGAAAUCGCUGGAGGAAGAAACAAAAAAGUAUUCGGAUUAGGAAAGUAUGCAAAAGCUUUCCUUCAACAAUUGGAAUCAAAAUACCGAAAAGCUUCCACAUCUUCACAGCGUGCACAUGAAUUUUGUGUCUAUUGGGAUGAACACAUGCGGAAGUGGUUAUCUUCACAAGGCGAGGAAUGCCCACCGGUAAUGCCACUCGUGGAUGAAAGCUUGCUAGAUGAAGAUCCUUGUUCACUCUCAAAAACUUUUGAGCAAACAUGGCUUCCAUUUCUGAAAACACUUGGAAUGGAUGCACCAUGUUUUUUCCAUUUUACUCCAUCAUCCUCUCAAGAUUCUCAAAACACUUGAGUAUUUGUUAUUUCCAAUUAUAUAUCCAACUAGUAUCCAUAUUAUGAAUUUAGUUGUAUUUUUGGAUUGUGGUAUGACUUUACUUAUGGUACUCACAAUGAAUGUUGGUUGUUAAAG